GCUGUUCGUGUUCGCUAAGAAAACAAGAGAUCAGGGGGUGCUACUCUGCGUCUCCGAGGUUAACGUUAGUUGUUUCAGCACUGUGGCUCAUUCUUGACAGGAGCCUCCUAAUAUAUAUCACGCUACCAGUCUGUUGAAGCUAUUUAUUGAUUGAAAUCGCCAUACCAUGGAGAGGAUGGUAUCAGUAUAUUUGGAAAAAAGAGAAAAGAGGACCGCUUCGAGGUCAGGUUAACCGAUUGGUCUGAUCACAGCUAGGAGGAUACGUAGGGAAAGCUAACGUUGUUGAGCUUUAAGCCUUUCGCUAGCUAAUUGUAUCAGUUGUAAAUGGUCUGGAUUGUAAUUUUCCUCUUGGGAUGAUUGUUUUAAUUCAGCCUAUAAUGACCAUCUAGCAGCUAACCUAAGACCAUCUUUGUAUUAGCAGAACUCAUACUUUGAGUAUACAGGUGGCUAGCUGGCUAACAGUUAAGCUAAUUUUCAUUACGUCCUCUUGAAGUUCACGUUAGUCGGUCAAAGUAACCGUAGGGUUGGCAUUAAUGCUAGCGACCAUAUUGUUAACAAACAUUAAACUGCCUUGCUGACUUAAUAGCUUGUAAUCACGCGUUGUGGCGUUGUAAAAGACUGUUGCCACCAGAGAUAUAGCUAGCUCGCUACAUGCUAAUUCUGUAAAGACUUGUUUUAAUGUUGUGAUUAUUAGCUAGCUGGCUAGCUAGCUAAUUUACUGGUGUAGCCGCAAACUGGACAAAACGUUGGAUUUAGUAGGAUUCAAAGUGGGUUCAGCCGGAGCGCUGACCCCUCAAAAAAAGAUGAAGAAGAGGAAGGAACUCAAUGCUCUUAUUGGGCUGAGUGGGGAAAGCAAAAGAAAGAAAACUAAAAAAGGAUCCGGUCACAGACUUCUGAGAACCGAGCCCCCAGAUUCGCAGUCCGAAACAAGUUCAGAUGAUGAUGACUUCAACAACCUCAGCAGUUUGAGUACAUUUGGAAAACGAAGUUAUACACAGUGUUGCAACAUCUGCUACCCACUGUGCGUGUUUAUUAUCCUGGCUGCUUGUGUGAUUGCCUGUGCUGGAUUAAUAUGGAUGCAGAUAGCCCUGAAAGACGACCUGGACAAUUUGAAGGAGAAGAUUCAUACAAUGGAUUCCAGUCAACAAAUGUCAUCUCAUGAAAUUCCAAAGCUGAGUGAAGACUUGAAGUCCAAACAAAAGAAGCUUGAGGAUCUAGAGUAUGGUGAUAAGGGCUUGGAUAAAUUGUGGUCAAAUCUCACAGAGAUUUACAGAAAGAUAAAUCUCCUUGAUUCUGCUGUCAACCACCUGAAAGCAAACAUCAAGUCUGCUUCAGAUUUGAUUAGUCUUCCCACCACAGUUGAAGAACUGCAAAAGAGUGUUGCGACAAUUGGGAGCACACUGACCAGUGUGCAGCAUGAUGUCAGAACAAUACAGACUGCUGUAGAAGACCAGAGGAAAGAAGUGGACAAUCAAAAGAAACUAAUAAAUGGCAGUGAUGUAAAACCUAGCUCCAAACCAGAUACCCCAUCAGAAAAAGGCGCAAACAGCAGCACGUGUGGUGCUUUGAAACAGGAGAUGAUGUACCUCCAGGAGUCCUUCAGUGAAUUAAAUGUCACUCAAACACUUCACCAGUCUUGGGCUGCCAGUCAGGUGCACAGUAUGCAGUCCACCCUGUUAAAUAUCACGGAAAGGGUGUCUUCUCUGGAGUCACAGUCACCAUUUAUGCAAGUGAAGGCAGAUGACUCCCCAGUGACAGCCGUCAAAGCUAGAAUUACUGAAGAUGACCAUGGUCCCACAGCUGGUGGCAUUGGAGUUGUGGAGCAGCCCAUUUCCGAAACCUCUGGCCCCCCUCAAUCAAACUCAAAGCCAACUAGGCGACCAAGAUUCCUCUCUCCAAAACGGUCUAAGAGAGAGGUGAAGCACACUCAAAAAAGGACCUCUCAUCUGAGUGUAGUUUCAGUUAAAGACCUAGAAACCUUCUUCCAGCACGUGGCCUUGCACCCUGACUCUCCCGGGGUUUCCUACACGGACCUGCAGGAGUUCUUUGGUGCAGACACACCGGCCGCCCAUCUUCUUGAGCCCUAUGACCAGGACGGGGACGGCAGGUACUCUCUGGCUGAGCUGCGGCCCGCGGCAGCCCCGUGAGAGGAGUGCCUUCAGGAGAGGGAAGGAGUGGAAUGGGUGAGGCGAAAAUGACAUGCCACUCGACGCCUCAGUAAUUUUACCGCACUUUCCCUUUUGUUUUUAUGAGUAUUGAAGUUGUUGACGUCAUGACCAUGGCACUCGCACGUCAUAAACAUAGACACUUGUCAGCUGUUCGCCAUGUGGAUCACAUGGUCAACUUUUAUGGUUGAUGUGUUAAAGUUUUGCUAUUUCAUAUAAGUUUACAAUGUAAGUUUUUACCACAAUAAAGGCGAAAUAGCUUUUGUUGUCAAAAAUUCUAUUUUACAUUAGCAAUGAUGUUAUUCUGAAGACAUAAGUAACUGUUUUCCAAUAUUCUUAUGCAACUGAAUGACACUAUCCAUGGAAUGUGCAGGGUGAUUGGGAACAUCAUUUUGUUUUUACAUUAUAAAUAUACCAUUGGUGUAGGUAUACUUACAUUUUGACAUUUUUGACAACAAAAACUACAUGCUGCGCCUUUCCGUGAAGGCAUAUUUUAUUUCAUGUUUUGAAAACAGUCAAUUGUGAUGACUUCACCAAAAUAUUUUUUUUUCUUAAAUGCCAGUAAUUUUAGCCACAAUUCACAUCACAGAUGGUAGACAUUAUCUCUACCCCAUCUUGUUUUUAUGUCUCCAUACCAGACAGAGAACAGGACUUUUUAAAAUUGGUCUCAAUUUUAACUUCUCAUUUGUCAACUCUGAGAACUAUUGUUGUUUCUAAGAUGCUAAGGGCUAGAGGCACAAGUCUUUGUUGAAAUGUAAGUUCAUUACAGGGCUGUGCAUACUGAACAGAUUUGAGAUAAGAGUACCUGGCCACGUCUAACAAUUAUUUGCAGUUAUUUAUUUCCCAUGAUUCUGUGUGCAUGUACAUAACUCAUUAGGGAUAUCAAGAUCAGAAUAGUUAGGCUGUAAAUUAAUCCAGAUAUUUGAUUGACACCCCUAUUUUAUGAACUAGUUAAGUUCUUGAUUAAAUAUUCUGGCCAUGUCCCAGUUUCAUUUGCUUAAGGUAUUUUAAUAAUUUGCUGGAAUGAGUUUAUAACAGGUAGUGAGACAAACACUGAUCACAAUGUAACCAAUUCAGUCAUUCUAUUGUGCACACAAGAAUGUGAUUGUAUUACACGUCCUCAUGUCUUGUCACCUCAUUACAUCCUUCUGAAUCUGUAAAUAUGGCAGAAUUUAUGUACAAAAGCAACUUGUGGGGUUAUCGUGUGGGAGGGAGGGAGGGAGGGAGGGCAGUUAUGUAUAAAAUCUUAUAUAAACAUUGUAAAUUAUAACAAAUUAUCUUAAACCUUGCAUGUUGCGUAUAAUGUAACAUGAAUAAAUGGCUAAUUUAUAAUAAAGAACUUAAAAAUGGUCA